UUUGUUUAAACAAUGAUCAUCAUGGAAGUAAGUUAGCUUUUAGUGAGAUGAGUGCAAAUAGUGUUUGAAAGGACAGAAAAUGCUGUGGUGCAGGUGUCUUUCCUUGUGGAGGUCACACAGGGCCACAGACUACCGAGAGCCACUUGUGCUGCUCAAGUCCAUGACGGAACAUGUGUGACAUCCUGCUGUUCAGCUCACAGUGUUAGAGGACUGCAAGUGUCACACAGCUAAGCUGGUCAUCAAAGAGCAGCACUCCUGAUCAGUGUGGAUGCAUUUGUUUCAUUGUUCUGUCGAAAAUCUGGAAGCUCCAGAUUUCUCUGUGAAAAGAGCUGCGGAAGAUUAAAAAUUGUUUGCUGUUAAUCGCGUGUAAAAUUGCUGCACAUGGAAGCUGAGUGGCAUCAGGGGACUGAAAGCGAGGAAGUCUUUGACUCAGAUGAAGAAGAGAUGACAUUGGACAGCUGUUUCAUAGAGCCGAGCUGCCACCCCCAAUUGGACCGUGACGUUGAGACAGUCAGGAGCCUAUAUUCUUGUCAUUCAGUCACCAUUGGGGAGUACCAAUCAAUUGAUCAGGUUGAUGUUGAUCUGAACAUUAAUGCAAACAUUUUGGAUGGGGAGGUGGCAAAGGCCUGGGGCGUAAACCCAGCGGAGCCCAUCGUUGUCCGCCUUCACUUUUCUUUGUCUCAGUAUCUGAGUGGACCUGAACCAACAGUCGAAGUAUUUCAGCCAUCUAAUCAACAACAUUUUAAUCUUGGAAAACAACUGCAAAAUGUCUUAGCAGUCUUCAUAUCCCGAGAGUGGAACCAUUUGACAAAUGCGAACGUGACUGUGAGACCGAAGAGAAGGCACAGCUGGUUCAGGCCUGGUGGAACCAUGAAGAAAUUCCGCGCAAGACUCAGCAUCUGGCUGCCACUGCCAAAAUCCAACUCUCUCCAAGACCGGAGCCUGAGAGGAAGGAUUGUUUUGCCCGCCAUGAAAUUGAAUCAUUUCGCCAGUCACACAACAUCUUACAACAUCAAGAAUCCAUCCGGGGAACUGUUCACUUACACGCCAAGUGGAAAGAGGGUGAUGGUGUCAGGAGUCAAGUCAUCAGCUCAGCUCAGCACCAAGCAGCUGAUAGACCUAUUGUUCUUCUCUCAGGCCAUAGGGCACUGUAAGACCACCCCAACUCUGCAACACGGCUUCUUGGUGCAGGUUAUGAGAUACGCAGAACAGAGAAUACCCACGUUGAAUGAGUACUGCGUGAUUUGUGACGAGCGACACGUUCUCCAGAAUGGCCCUUUGUUAAAGCCUGCCGUUUGCACCCGCGAACUGUGUGUCUUUUCCUUUCACGCCAUGGGGACCAUGUCAGGGGCCACAGAAGAGGUCGCCACCGGUGCAGAGGUGGUUGACUUGCUGGUGACAAUGUGCAGGGCGGCUCUGCAGUCAUCUCGCAAAAGCAUCGUCUUUGAGCCUUACCCGUCUGUCGUUGAUCCACUGAAUCCCAAAAUGCUAGCCUUUAGUCCCAAGAGAAAGAGCUAUGAGAGGCUAGAAAAAGCCCUGGAUGCUGUCCUGCUGGUUAGGAAGAUGACACAGGGUUCAUAUUCUGAAAUCAAGAAGCAAAUGGACCAGAUAGAUCUUCUUGCUAUUCCUUUACUGCAAUGGAUUUUAUCCAGCAACAGAUCUCACAUUGUCAAGCUUCCAGCAAACAGGCAUCUGCCAUUUAUGCACACGCCCCACCAGUUCCUGCUCAUCAGCAGCCCUCCAACCAAAGAGGCUCGUUUUCAAACUGCACGCGAACUCUACGGAAGCACCUUUGCUUUCCAUGGUUCCCACGUUGAAAACUGGCAUUCAAUUUUAAGAAAUGGACUUGUCAAUGCCUCUAAUACAAAAUUCCAGAUGCAUGGAGCUGCAUAUGGUAAAGGGAUCUACUUAAGCCCUGUUUCAAGCAUAUCAUUCGGAUAUUCUGAUAUGGGCAAAGGACAACACCAUAUACCCACCAAAGAAGACCUCCUGAAAAAACACAAUCGAAUGAACAUAAUCCAACAAGAUCUCCCUGGCAGGUUUCUUCAAAGCAGGAAUCUAAAUUGUGUUGCACUUUGUGAGGUCAUAACAUCGAAGGACCUUAAAAAACAUGGGAACAUCUGGGUGUGUCCUGUGUCCGACCACGUGUGCACACGUUUCCUCUUUGUGUACGAAAACGGUUGUGUGGGAGAUGUCCACAUCAACACCCAGGAAGAAGAAAUUCAGAACCAAAUUUUAGAGGUCAUUGCAAACAAGCCCCGCUGAAUGAAUACCCCAAAUCGUGAACAACAGAUGAGAAUUUAUCUGUGAACUGAGUGGGGCAAUAGAAAGAACUCAAAAUCUGCAAUUUUUUUUAUUUUGCAAUUUAAACUAGCAUACAGUGAUGCCUUGACAAACAGUAAAACACAAAUACAAAAUGAUCGCACACAUAACCCGAUGCUGCAAGAAGAGAAAUCUCAAACUUUUAUAUUGUAGUACUUGGUUUUCUUGAUUUAAAAACAUAAAACAAGAAGACAUUUUUGUUGUAGAAAUUGUUGAUACUAUGGGAAAGCAUUUAUCAACAGACCACCUCUGACAAGGUGAAUGAAAGACAAAAUUGUGUAAA